AUGAAAGCGGAAACAGUGCACCGAAGACCCCCUCCACCCUCUCAUAAAGAUGCAAUCCUCGAAAUCGCUCAGAGUAUCGCAAGGACUGCUGAGCUUUCAGCAAGCGCCGAUGCUGCUGAGCGGUCAAAUGCAAAAGCUAUCGAGAGUGUUGAAUUAAAACUCCAAGAACUACGUGUGGAUUAG